GUUUUGCAGAAGUGGGAGGGUAUGAGGCCUUCACUGAGAAGUACAUGAAAGCCAUCCCAUCUGUCAUCAUAGACCAAAAUGUAACUCUGAACCCAGGAUGCUACAUGCCCAGAGCAGACUCCUUCCACCUCUUCCAGGAUCCCAUCACUGGUGAACUGCCAUGGCCAGGAGUCCUCAUUGGAAUGAACCUUGUUUCUCUUUGGUACUGGUGUGCAGACCAGGUGAUUGUGCAGCGAUGCCUCUCAGGGAAGAACAUGUCCCAUGUGAAGGCUGGCUGCAUCUUGUGUGGCUACCUGAAGCUGCUCCCCCUCUUCCUCAUGGUGAUGCCUGGUAUGAUCAGCCGCAUUCUGUUCCCAGAUGAAGUCUCCUGUGUUGUGCCUUCAGAAUGUGAGAAAUAUUGUGGUGCCAGCGCAGGCUGCACCAACAUAGCAUACCCGAAGCUGGUGGUAGAGCUCAUGCCCAAUGGUUAG